GAUUAGUGGUGACACAAUUAGAAAUUAGCCGGGUCAAAAUAAAUUUCUCAAAAACUCUUUUUCCUAAAACUAGAAUUUUCAUUUUUUAGGAGCUUGCACCUGCCCUAAGUAGACAUAGUGUAGCCCCGCCUCCGCAGAAACGCUUUUCGCUGGUCCAUUGUUCUUGUUCUUCUUUGUUUUGCUGCCUGCAACAGCCGAUUUGUGUAAGAUAUGGCGUUGAACAACGGGAUGAGAUCAUGCGCCUCCAAGCUCCUCACCUCCACCGAAUCACUGCUUUCCAAGUCCACGAACAGAGGGUUCCACUCAAGUGGUGUUAAGAGAAUGGGAGGAGGACAUGCUCAUGGUCAUGAUGAGCCAUACUACCUUCAUGCUAAGCACAUGUACAACUUGGACAGGAUGAAGAACCAGGGCUUGAAGAUGUCACUUGGAGUUUUCACUGCAUUCAGCAUCGGUGUUGGUGUCCCAGUUUUUGCCGUCAUAUUCCAGCAAAAGAAGACUGCUUCUGGAUAAAUUUUUUUCGCCUUCUCCACCUUCUCUACCUAUGAGGCAAUAAUAGACAGUAGACAUGAAUCUAUUGCUUUCAAGAACUUGACUGUAUUCAUGUUUGCUUUGAUUUUGUCUUGCUUUUUGACAUUGGUAUAGUUCUCGCAUCCUGAAUUUGAAAUAAAUUUUCUGAAAUUAUGCUGCCUUAGACUUACA